AUAGUGCUAAUUUGGUUAUUUCGCAUCGGCUUUUCAUUCUCCAUUUCCUCAGUCAAUUUUUAGUAGAAAUUUUAUAAAUUGUAUUAUAAGUGUUUUUCUUAGCACCUCAUUUUAUAUCAAAAAUGUUUGAGUGCAGCCGUUGUGGCCAUCAGAAGCGCGAUUUGAGGAUCAAUUCAGACUCAGGUGCCACCAGUUGGUGCAGCAACUGCCAUGAACAAACCUUUUUCAUGAAGAGCAAAUUGGGCAGCAAGCCCACUAGGCCAAAAGAAGGUGUUUCGAGCAACUGGGCCGUCGAGGCCGUGGAUCCUCCUAAAAGUGUUGGAUCCUUUUCCGUAUUGCCCAAUAGAUUUGGCAUUGUGGACAGGAAUCUUAUCAAAGAAGUGAAACGUGUCCAGCCGCCAGCAGCUCAACUGGAUUCAUCUUCGAAUCCGCGGUCGGAAAGCGAGGAACGCACUCCACGCAACUCGAGUCCUGCAAAAGCGGAGCGAAGAUCUCACUCGAAGACCAAAAGUCAGAAAUCAGAGGAGAUCAAGGGCAUUGAACGCUUGAGAUCCACUCCUCCUCCGCACUUGGAGCCUUAUCGAAGCCUCAGUCCGGUUAAUCCCUACGUUAACCUUUCAAAGCAGGAGGAUACUUCCAGUGACGAAUCUCUUAAUCCGAAUAUGAGGAAGUUGCAGCCUCGAUUGUCACCGGAUGAGUUUAAUGGACCGGAGACCUCCCAACAAGCGAGGGAUCGAAAUCGAAGACUUUCUUCCGGUUCGGAGGUCGAGAGGAGGUUGUUUGAGAAUCUAUACUUAGGUCCUGUAAUACCCAAUGAAAAUCAACGCUUUCUGGAUCCGGUUAAUCCUUAUGAAGAGGAUAACAAGGCUUCUCAAAUUCCUGUGGAGAAUAUUUCCAUCCAGGACAUGAGGAAGUUGCAUUGGCCAUCGUCUACGGAUAAUUUUAUUGGACUGCAGACCAAACCACCAAAGAAUCACAGUCUUCGCCUAAUAUCAGAGUCUAUAAGAAGAUAUGCUCCUAGCUUAAAACUUCAAAGAAGGUUUUUUACCAAUCAGCAGAAUAAUAGAAAAGUAAAUUCACCACGAACCAAAAUCGAAACAGUCGAUUCAUCAGAGCUGAUAAUCCUGCAGGAAAAUAGUUCCUCUAAGGAACAAAUUUUUAGAGAGACUGGUGGAGCCCAACUUAACAAAAAGAAAAGAAAGGAAUCCAAGAGCUCAAUAGAAGUUAGUAUUUCUAAGAGCUUCGUUAAAUCUCUGCGGGAGCAGAAAGCACUAAAAAACAAGGACAGAAAAAAGCGAUCAUCUAGAAGAUACUCGGCAUCUAGAUACUCAGAACCCAGGACUGAAAGCGAAUGGGAAAAAGAGCUGGAAAGGCUUGAGAAGGAUGGCACGGACAGGAAAAACUCAGCUACAGGUGGAUACACCAUUAAGGAACUGUGCGUCUUGGCUUCCACGGUGCAGCGAGCCGAAUUCGAUCAGAUAGAAUAUGAUCCCCUGGAAAUGGUGAAGUACAUGAAGAGCCUGGCUGGAGAUGAGAAGAUCGUUAUAAGUCCGCCGAAGCCUCAGUUCUCCACGGUGGAGUGUUUGCCAGAGGAUCUGCCCAGGCUGCUCGCCGCCAAUCCUUUCAUAUUGAAGCGAUCCGAACCCAAGGUGCUGGACAUCUCCCGAUCUCCAAUCCGUUGUCCCGAUGCCGAUUGCCGGCGACUGUGCUUCGUCUCCGACUUAAACAACCAUCUGCUGCUCGAUCAUGGCGGCUUGCUUCUGGAGCGGAUUAAGCCGCGGGAGACCAAGACCUUCUUCCUGGACGUCAACUUGACCAGGCUGGAUCAGCCCAAGUGCCACAUUGUCUAUAUGGUGAGGGACAAGGUGAUCGACACCCAGGGCGAGAUUCUAUGUGAUCUUUUGCCCGUAAUGCUGAUGACUGCCCGCACCCAAUAUCAUUUGGUCAUCUGGUUGAUGACAAUUGUGCCCCGGAAUUUCCGACCCCGCGCAACUAUUGCCGUUUUUCCCACUACGGCUCACAAAGAUUGGGGCAAUGUUGUUACCAGCCACAUCUACGAUAUCCGGGCAUCCCAUCAAUUGGAAGCCAUUUGCCAGGCUCCCUUCAUAAUGCGUCUGCCCGUUGCGAUGAUCAACCGGAUGACAGAAAACAAAACAAGAUUUUUGGGCAUCCAGGUGCAAGUAUACUGAGGAUUGAACACAUUCAAAAGCCGUUUUUAUUAGAGAUAAAAUAAAUUUCCUAAGUUAUUACUUUUUCAUAACA